CCUAUUACAAUAUUUUUUUCCCCAAAAUCACUAUGCUUUCUAUACGGGAUUAAUCACAGAGGUAGCUGAGAACUUGGGAGUUCUGUAACCAGCAUGGACUUCGGCUUUAGCUGGGACAGAAAGUGAGUCAGGGCCUCGUGGAGUCUGGCAGUUCAGCGGGGUCUGGAUCCCCGCAAUCAGGCUGCCCGCGGGGCCCUCGCCCUCCCUGCCCCCACGCCCAGCGGGCCAGCGUUUAUGCGGCUCUAAAUGCUCGGCGGGCAUUCUGCGAGCACUUCCUUCACAUGCUAAUGAAGCUCACAAAUGGUAAACAGCAGGAUCGAACUAGUUUCUGCAUCCUGCCGGGAGCAGCUGGGACUCAUUGCCCCGCGCUCGCUCCCGAGAUUGCCCAGACCCUCCCUCCUCCGCGCUUCCAGAGCUGAGCGGCAGCUGCUGGGAGCCCGGCGCCGCCAGAGCCCUUCUCUCCCGGCCUGCGGGCCCCCGCUAUCUUUCGCAUCAAAUCCAAACCCCCUAAAUUCCUCGCUCUCCUUGCCAGCCUUUCACAGGCCUUUGUCAUUCUCUACAAUUUUGCCGGGGAUUCCAGGCAAACGACAGCUUCCUACCAUCCCCCACCAAGAACAAAGCACCUUUGAAGAGGGCCCCUGGGCCAAGCCUUCUAGUCCUUUGAAUACAACGUUCCUGUAAGAAAGGCCAUCUUGCCAAUCUCAGUGCUAUGAAGAUAGGAUUGAGAAGGGAUAAUUCGGUCUUCAGUGGCUUGAGGAUUAAAGUCCAAAGUCUUUUUCAUGGAAAGCCCUUUAUAGGAACCAAUAGAACCUCUAAAGGAAGAAGUCUCAUUGGUAAGGUUGACAGCUCAUCUCAUGUCACUGGGAAAGGAGUUACAGUGGAAACAGGCUUUUCUGUGGAUGACUUUUCUGCCUCCAUCCUCACUGGAAAACUGACUACUGUCUUUCUUCCAAUUGUCUACACAAUUGUAUUUGUGAUUGGUUUGCCAAGCAAUGGCAUGGCCCUGUGGGUCUUUCUUUUCCGAACAAAGAAGAAGCACCCUGCUGUGAUUUACAUGGCCAAUCUAGCCUUGGCAGACCUCCUCUCUGUGAUCUGGUUCCCUUUGAAGAUUGCUUAUCACAUACAUGGCAAUAACUGGAUUUAUGGGGAAGCUCUUUGCAAAGUCCUCAUUGGCUUUUUCUAUGGCAACAUGUACUGUUCCAUUCUCUUCAUGACCUGCCUCAGUGUUCAGAGGUAUUGGGUCAUCGUGAAUCCGUUGGUGCACCCCAAGAAGAAGGCACACAUUGCCUUUGGAGUCUCACUGGGGAUAUGGCUGCUCAUUCUGCUGGUUACCAUCCCCUUGUACGUCAUGAAGCAGACCGUGUACAUUCCAGCCCUUAACAUCACAACCUGCCACGACGUUUUGCCUGAGAAGCUGCUGGUAGGGGACAUGUUCAAUUAUUUCCUCUCUCUGGCCAUCGGAGUCUUUCUGUUCCCAGCCUUCCUCACAGCCUCGGCCUAUGUGCUAAUGAUCAGAACUCUCCGAUCUUCUGCUAUGGAUGAAAACUCGGAAAAGAAGAGGCAGAGAGCCGUCAAACUCAUUGUCACCGUCCUGGCCACGUAUCUGAUCUGCUUCACUCCUAGUAACCUUCUGCUUGUGGUACAUUAUUUCCUGAUUAAAACCAGGAGCCAGAGCCACGUGUACGCCUUGUACAUUGCAGCCCUGUGCCUCUCCACCCUCAACAGCUGCAUCGACCCCUUCGUCUAUUACUUUGUUUCUCAAGACUUCAGGGAUCAUGUGAAGAACGCUCUCCUUUGUCGAAGUGUGCGUACCGUACAGCAGAUGCAGAUAUCCCUCACAUCAAAGAAGUUCUCCAGGAAAUCCAGCUCUUACUCUUCGAGUUCAACCAGCGUUAAAACCUCUUACUGAGGUUUUCAGCAUCUCUGUUGGCGGUUUUACAGGAUUUGGAGCCUGCUUAAUGUUAUGGGCAUGUUUCUGUUGUUCCCUGACCGCGUGGGUCUCACCACAUGCCAUGUGUAUGUAGCACCACUCAGGAUUGCUGGAAGCUUCCCUGUUGGCAUGAGGAAAGUCCCCCAAAUGAACACAGGUGUCAGCUGUAGAAUUCCUCUACUCAGGUGCUCCCAGAAAUGGAACUAACAGAAGCAGACUUUUCAGAAGGUGGUGAAAAAACAGAAGCUCAGGGACUGGUAAGAACUAGUGUUGGCGUGAAGACACGGUUCUUAGCUGAAACUACUUUUCUUUUCCAUCCGGGCUCACUUACAGCCGUGGUAGAGCUCCAGUGUCCUCAGAGAUGAUCAGACCCAUGCACGGACUGGACGGCUGAGGAAAGUAACGAGGUGAAGAAGGUCGCGGAGUCAGGGUCGCUUCCAUUCCAGCCAGGGACAGCCGCUUAGGAUUGAACCUUAGACUUAGACUGUUCAGUGGGGUUCUCCUACCAUCUCCUUGUGGAUCUUGUGUAAAAAUGCAGGUUUGUCAGCUCAGGAAUGAGAGAGCUCAGGGUCUGAGUCAGGAACCUGCAUUUUAUCAAGCAUCUGCUGCGGAUGCUCGGAAACACCCAGGCUUGAGAACCACUGGUCUGGGUGCCAGGGGAGAAGCCAACUGCUUCGUGUCUCUUUUACGUACAGCUUGUAAUGAGAUCUGUUUGUUGUCUCAUUAGAACUUUCAGUUACUUCUCAGCCCUUUGAGCUUUUGUCUCUAUCCUUCUCACUACAAGGAAUAUAUACUGAAGAUUUUAAAUAUGGAAAUACAAAGGUUGUGUAACUUUGUACUGACUCAGAAUCUUCGGGUAGUCUGAGUCAUAGAUGUUUCAAAGCAAGAGGGGCAUUUAUUUACCACUUAGUAUUUCUCAAAAUUAUAGUUGGAUUAUUUAUUGUCAUUUUUUUUCACUUGCCACAAUAUGAAAUUGUAAUGCCUUCACUGGAUUUGAACUAGAUCUGUUUGGAGAAGAAUGUUAAAGAGAUGUGAUUUAUAAUAUAUUUAGGGGAUACUUGUUCCAGACUGAAUUUAUAUAACUUGUAUUUCUGAUACUUUUGAAAUAAUUUUAUUGUAAUGAUUGAUUUAUAAAUAACACAUGACUUA